AUGGAAGUCGUGCUGGGCCCCGGUGACCAAGCUCGAGCAGCCGGAGCGGAGGGGGCGGCCUCCGUCGCUUCACUGAGGGGGCGGCGGAGGUCCCCCCAACAGCGCACGAGGACACGACCCUUCGGGGGAACGGGUGGCGAUAGCGCCAUAAUAAUGCAGGAGCUACGCCACAGAGUCCAGAACUUAGAGCGACAGCUAGCCGACCGGGAGCGGGAUGGACGGUCUACCGAUCCCAGCUUUACCCCAUCUCCCGGGAGUGAGGAGGAAGACUCUCACCGAAGCCGCCAGCGACGUACAUCCGCUUCCCGGACGGAAGCGGAGAGCACGCGGGAGGAGUCGCCCGUAAUAAGAAGGCGGAACGACAGGAUCAUAUACUCCCGAGGCAGAAUUACUCCCGUGGCAGGCAAACCCGUCGAGCGGCAAGAGGUCGCGAAGACGGGGAAGGGAGAUCCGAGAGAACACGACAACCUGUGA